AUGUUCCGCCCGAUUCCACCGGAUAUCCGCCGUUCCAUCGAGGAGGCACGUCGUCGUGAAGCAGAAGCCGGACCAGAUUACGUUGAUGAAAAUCCGAAUGAGGGAUUAUACCCGGCAAGGGGUCCCAAGAAGCCAGUUCUCAAAAAGCGGCGAGUCGAGACGGAUGUUCUUCAAUUAAUCGCCAAAAACCACGAUGUGGAGAUGGUCAACAAUCUCACCGAGUUCAUCGUCAAAUUUCAUGGACCGCCAGAUUCCGAAUACGAAGACGGCGUCUGGAAGAUUCGUGUGGAGCUACCCGAAAAAUAUCCAUUCAAAUCUCCAUCCAUUGGAUUUUUGAACAAAAUUUUUCAUCCAAAUAUUGAUGAGGCGUCGGGCACAGUAUGCCUAGACGUUAUCAAUCAGGCGUGGACCGCUUUGUAUGAUCUCUCCAAUGUGUUCGAGACAUUCCUCCCGCAAUUGCUACAGUACCCCAAUGCACAUGAUCCUUUAAAUGGGGAAGCAGCGAGGAUGUAUAUGCACAAACCCGAGGAGUAUAAACGGACAGUCCGAGAAUACGUCGCUCGAUACGCCACCGAAAAGACGCCAGCAGACGCGCCAGCCACCAAAAAAGCGCAAGAGCCGGAAACUUUGGCCACGUGGCACGACUCGACGAGUCCCGACGACGAUGAUAACAUAUCAUUGAGCAGUCUCUCAGAAAUCGAUCCAGAUGACGUAGCGAGUUUCGAGGAGUUCGAGAAGGAGUACGAUGCGAGAAUGGCCGCCGAGAGGAUGAAUCAAAAAUCAUAG